CGAGAUCUCGUACCCUCUAGCGGAGCUUUCCUCGCCGCACCACCAACUUGUCACCAAAGAUGGCGAUUUGCUGAGUGCUCAUGGAUACACACAUUUCUCGGCUAGUUGUUAUCUUACCCGAAACGCCAACUUUAAAAACAAAUUAACUGUUUAGCGAACCACUGUUUCUUUGUUUGAAGCACCUCUGACCCAGCGUCAGUCGCCGCUACCAUGCAGAUCACACUUAAAACGCUGCAGCAGCAGACUAUUCAGAUUGAGAUAGACCCCGAACAAACGGUGAAGGCCUUGAAAGAGAAGAUAGAAGCAGAAAGGGGAAAAGACAACUUUCCUGUAUCCGGGCAGAAGCUGAUAUAUGCUGGGAAAAUUUUGCAAGAUGACACACCAAUUAAGGACUACAAAAUUGAUGAGAAGAACUUUGUUGUAGUGAUGGUGUCCAAGGCUAAGCCUGCAGCUGCAGCCUCACCAUCAGUCUCAGAAGCACCCAAACCCCCAGUACAGGACUCUGGCUCCACAUCAACAGCUGCCCCGACUACAAACCCAACUCCAGCCCCAGCCCCAGCCCCUGCAGCUGUCCCCAUUCCUAGCGGGGAGGCCAAAGAGGAGUCAAGUGCCGUAGCCACAGAACCACAACAACCAGCUAGCUCCAGUGGUGGAAGUCAGGGCCUGGAUGCAUCCUCGACGCUGGUGACUGGAGCGGAGUAUGAGGCGAUGCUGACGGAGAUCAUGUCUAUGGGCUAUGAAAGGGAGAGAGUUGUGGCUGCGCUACGGGCCAGUUUCAACAACCCCCACAGAGCUGUGGAGUACCUUCUUACUGGUAUCCCUAGCAGCCCAGUCCAGGAGAGUAAUCCCCCAGCGCAGGCUCCCACAUCUGGAACCACAGAAGCUCCGUCUGUACCAGAAGGAGAGAACCCACUUGCAUUCCUGCGCACUCAGCCCCAGUUCCUGCACAUGAGACAGGCCAUCCAGCAGAACCCUGCUCUGCUUCCCGCUCUCCUCCAGCAGCUAGGCCGGGAGAAUCCUCAGCUUCUACAGCAAAUCAGUCAGCAUCAGGAGCUGUUUAUCCAGAUGUUGAAUGAACCAGUGGGAGAGGGGGGAGAUGCACCAGAGGUUGGAGAGAUGGGGGCAGCAGGGGAGGAAGGCGCGCCCGUCAACUACAUCCAGGUUACACCUCAGGAGAAGGAAGCCAUUGAAAGGUUAAAAGCGUUGGGUUUCCCUGAGGCUCUGGUGAUUCAGGCCUAUUUCGCCUGCGAGAAGAACGAGAACCUGGCGGCCAACUUUCUCCUCAACCAGGGGCUGGAAGACGACUGAACGGCAGAGGAUCACUGCCUUCCUGCUCCUCCCUCCUACCCUUCACCCCUCUUCUUCAGCUCAGCAUAAAGACUGCACCCCCAGAUUUUACUGUACAACCUCAGCUCAACCCAAACAGGAGGGGGGAAGCCAGUGACGGGAGAAGGGUGGAGGGGGUGGGAGAAGAGGGGUGGCGGGGCAGGGGAAGGGAAGGGGAGAUGGGGGAGGGUUUAGGUUUUGGAGGGAUUACAAGUACACAAGGUCGGCGGUUGUGUGCAGGAUGGUCGGGGCGGUUUUAAAGAAGAAAAAAAAAGUGUGGAAGAAUUAUGAAAUCCACGUGAAUUCCAAUGGAAUGUGUGGGGUUUGUUUAGGGGAGAUCUAUAAUUUGAUUUUAGACGCGCUUUGUGAACAUUAGGGAGGGGGAGGGAGGGGCGGGGCAGUGAGAGUGUGUGCUCGUGUCUGCGUGUGUGUCCACGUAUGCCUGUGCAGAUGGGUGCGAUACAGUUAAGCUGAAAAAGUAAUCAAUCUCGCAUUCUCUAAGUUUGUUAAUGCUGUAGCCGGGAUUGUAAGGAAGCACAUUACUCCUCACCGCACAUAAUCUGUGUGUGAGUGUGUUUGUGUGUCUGUGCGUGCGUGUGCAUGUGUGUGUAAACUGCUCGUGUGUACAGUUGUAAGCCGACAGUGGAGGAACACCAUUUGGCAUAGAUGGUCUGGUUCUUGCUGCCCCCCCCUUUUUUUUUUCCUGUGUGUCUGAUGUGACAUUGCUGGGAACCAUCGGCCCAAAUGAGAACUAAACUGACAAAUGAGUAUCUGGUUUUCCUGUUCCUCACUUUGUCCUGCCCAGUCAGGAGUCCCUGCAAACACUGUGCCCGCCUACUCAAACAUCUGAGGGUUUUAUGUGCGCUGACAGCUUCUGGUGCUAAUUAACACUACUCAUAAACAUCUGCUGACGCAUCACGUUUUACAAGCUUCCAGUGGUGUACUCUGUAAGAACACGACUUUAACUUGUGGUGGCAGGUGUAUGUGCCGAGGAUUAGCGUAUGCAGUGCCAGGUCACCAUCGCUUUGCAUCGGUUCAUACUCAUGAGGCUUUAGAUGAACACAGCUGGUGCUGUACAGCUGUUGUUCCGAAAUAACCUUUCAAAGAGACAAACUUCUAAAUGACAAUCACGAAGGAAAAACCCUACAAUAAUAACUAGGAAUGAAUGACCUAAUGCAGUGAAUUUAUAUUUCAAAGAAUUUCUCCAUAUUGAUGUGUAUGAGUCACUCAGUUCACAGAGAAGACUGCGUCAUGUAAACCGUUAAUUAGCAGAGCUUUGUAGCCGCCUCUUCUUUUUCUAACUCAACAGGUUGCAUUAGAGUAGACUUGUUAUGCUUUUCCUUUUUUCUGUCAUAUUUAUGUAGUGUUAAAAUUAUGGAAUAAUAAACAUAGCAAAGAGUUUCAACUAAUGAUUCAUGUGUAUAUACAGGCAGGUGUCAGACUGCUUUAAAUGAUCACUUUCAGGCAGUUUUUUCUUCUCUUGGCUCUGUAUGAUGUCACAGAGAGGGGCGUCCCUAAGGCACGGCAGCCCCACCCACCUGCUGCUCAGAUCUUCUGUUUCUUGAGAGUCUAGUUUAAGAUGAGGAUUAUUUUGAGCUGCGAGUCAUGCGUCGCCUCUCUAGCAGAGUCCAAGAAUAAAAAUGCAGCGCUAAAAGUGAGCAUGAUAGUUCCCCUUUAAGAACAAGUGAUCUCAUUGUUGUCUGAUUACUACCUUGAUACAGUGUAGUAACAUGUCUGGGGUGUUUACAAAAGCUUUUUCUCUUUUUUAUUUCAGUUUCCUUCUAAAUCAGCUUUCGGACACUAAAAAAAUAAAAGGAAAGGUCUGGAAAUCAAAUAAGCCUUCCGCUUCCUCGUGGAGCAGAUAACCUGUAAUCAUCCUGGUUUGUGGCAAAUUGUCGUUUGAACUGAAUUUAAAGUGAUGUGGCUGAAUAGGAGCGUGAAUAAAGCGGAGAUUCAGUUAUGCUAAAUUCACUUAGCUGUCAUUGUCUGAAUCUUGUGACACAGAGUCUGAGAGGGCCAUGCAGAAAAACAUGCUCCUCUUCCCUUUAUAGUCUGAUUGGCUAGUUUCCUGUUACCGUGUGUAAUGUGUAGUUAUCAUUAAGAACAAAAACCCACUAAAGUCAUUUGAGAUGUUGGCCCUUGCACACCUGCCCCCGAUCAUAAGGCCGGGCUCUUACUUUGCAGUAGUGUUGAUCGACACACAGAGGCGCGCACGGGUUGGAUUGAAGGCUACAAGUGCACACAAAGCAGCUAAUGAGGAGUAAUGUGAGGACCAGAUCUGAUCCAUCAUCACCAUCAUACCCACUGUAUGUACACACGGGCUAAUGACCCACUACAGAUGACGGUGUUUUGAAGCUUUGCUGACCCGGGCCCUGUUCUUCACACGUGUUGGGUGACUAAAACCAGCUAGCAUGCUGCUAUCAGGCUAAAACAGAGUGAAUUGUCACACAGUUUAUUUGGUCUGAAAGCAGCCUGAGGACUGAUCACCUUGGAUGAAGUUCUCAGUGCGUGGAGCUGGAGCCGGAACUCCAAUCGGCACAGUAGCUUUAAAAUAGUUCUGCAGGUUAAUUUAGGAUUUUUAAUGUUUAAAAAGAUACAUUGUCAUUCUGAUGUCUAUCUUUUAAUGGGUUGUGCGUUUUUGUUUUUGUUUUUUGUCAUGCAUAGAUACAGUUAAGAUUAAAGACACAGUUAUGGAUUUUAUUAAGACAUUUGGAUCAGAAAAUGAAAGUGGGAUUCCACAACUCUGGCUUCCAAGAACCAAAACAGUCCAGGUCUCGUAUCAUAUUAUCAGCAAACCUUGAACGACUUGAGGCGUCCACACGCGGAGAACGGGGCCCCGGUUUGUGGUGUGUGAGGUGGGGAUGUGAUGUGGGUCUGCAAGGAGACGGUAACUGUUCACUGCAGUCUCAUCCUGUGUGUGUGUGAGGGCAGUUUAUACUGACAGCUGUCCUACAGCAUCAACAUGAUCUUAGACUAUGCUGUGCUACAUUAAAUAUCAGCAGUCUUUCAGGC